UCAAAUUCACUUCAGCAUUACUUUCACGACGCACAAGUGUUUCCCAGAGGAGAUGUUUGGUCUGAGCGAGCGGGCCACUGGCUGCUGUUUUAUUUUCCAGGAAAAAAAUCAAUCUGAACGAAAAAAUAGUUUUAAACACAGCGGAACCCUAAGAGAUGUCUGGAAAUAUCACACACGGAGCCAACGACACCGACUGCAGCACCAUCAACCUGAAUUUUACGCACGCCUUUCUGCCGCCUGUGUUCAUCACUGUGUUCGUGGUCGGGAUGAUAUCCAACAUCUGUGGGCUUAGAAGCGUGUGCACCAGCUGGAAAAACAUCGGGAGCAUCAACAUCUUCAUGCUCAACCUCGGGGUGGCGGACUUACUGUACCUGUUCACCUUGCCGUUCCUCGUGUACUAUUACUCGAGCAACAGCCACUGGCAGUUCGGCCAGCCUUUCUGCAAGGUGACCCGCUUCUGCUUCAACCUCAACCUUUACGGCAGCAUCGGCUUCCUCACCUGCAUCAGCAUCUACAGGUACCUAGGCAUCGUGCACCCCAUGAGAGUAAUGGGAAAAAUCACCAGCCGCCACUCCCUGGCCAUAAGCGUCCUGGUCUGGCUUUUGGUCAUUAUUCAGAUCAUCCCUGACAUGUUCUUUGAAAAGAAUGAUCUAAAGUCACCAGAGUCGUGUUUUGACACAACCUCCAACGACCGGAUCAGAGAAUACUUGCCUUACAGCAUUGGCUGGAGCGUCACAGGGUUUGCCAUACCAUUGGUUAUCAUUCUGCUCUGUUAUGGACAUGUUAUUUUUGUUCUUGCCACAAAAGCCAACAUUAACCCAGUGCUGAAGCAGCGGUGUUUGAAACUGGUCGUGAUUCUGGUGAUACUGUUCUCCAUCUGUUUCAUCCCCUACCAUGUGUUUAGAAAUCUUAAUUUGAAAACCAGGAUUUCGAAACAAGAUGGGAUUUGCCACGCUGGCUUCCGCAAUAUCUAUAUUGCGCAUCAGGUUGGCAGAUGCCUCGCGUGUCUGAACAGCGCAAUAAACCCGCUGAUUUAUAUCGUUGGAAAUGACGAUUUCCUCAUGAAGCUUCAUGAUCUCAGUAAGCGUACCCGCAAGUCUCUGGCCGGCUUGACAGGCACAGUACUUUAUCGCAAACCAAUUGAAGUGCAUUCACCGACAGACACUUGCGUCAACUCCGAUCUGAUUAAAUACUAAUGUAAGGAGUACAACCUGUUCACCCGAAAUACACUUCCGUGAGACCGGGUCCCUGCAUAUCAUGCACUACCAGAACUUCCACAUUUCCGGAAAUAAAGUACUGUAAUGACCGGUGACCGCUAAGUGUGUCCGGUGGUGUCAUAAGUUAUCAGAUCACCCAGGUGUCAGCGCAGAGAGCUCUGAUCGCAUGUACUGUACUGCUGAGGAUUUUCUCUGAAUCUCUGCUGAACAUUCAUACAAAAGUCAGCAAAGACUGACAUGACUGAAGAUAUAUCAUUUCAUCUGCUGCACUGAUUCAUGGCUUCAGGUAAUUUGUACCAAGCUGCUGUUAAUAUUUUGCACUUUCUGUGUAUUGUUGUAGUUGUGUGCUUCAAAGCUGAUGCUUUAGCAAUGCCAGGCCCUUGUUGUUAUGAUUUGUGAUAUACUGCACUACCUUUUCACUGUUACAGGCGAAGUAUUUGACAUACUUGGUGAAUGGUUUGUAUUUCCCAUGAAGUAUGUCGGCCUAACUCACAAUAAAUCUUCCAAUUAUUUGGAACAGUGGCAUUUAUCUUAACUUAUCUGUUAGGCCAUAUACGUGUUGUUGCCAUUCCACAACCCUUAUAUUUCAAGUGUGUUUAGAGAAAAUACAUAUGGAUUAAUAAGUGGAUACUGGAAUAUGUAGUCUGAAGUGGUGGUGGAAGAAUUCAAAACUACACUGAUAAAAUACUUCAAGUAAAAGACCUUGAUCAAAACUUUUACUGUAAUAAAAGAAGUAUUGAUGGCAAAAUGUACUUACGUAUAACAAAUGAAUGUGCUCAUUAUGCAGAAUACUUUCUUUCAGUGUGUACGCUCUCAACAGUGUAUAUACACUACGUAUUGUGUAUUUUGAUUUCAAACACUGUAUCAUAAGCCUUACUGUCCCAUGCAGGCCACAGCUACUUGCAUUUAUGUGACUCAAAGUAUGUUAUUAGUUUCAAAUAUGGAUGCAUUGCACUCUUUUUUUUUUUAAAUGAAGGCAUAUUUUAUGUGAAUAAUUGCACUCAAGCUUUUUGAAUAUAUAUAUAUAUAAACAUAUAUAUGUACAUGUGUCUCUGGAAAAUGUCUCUUACAAAAUGCAUUUAUUAGAAUUCUGAAUGUGACUGUCACUGCCAGCAACUAUGUGUUUACAACAGACUUAUAACCAAUAAAUAACAAAAAAAAGUACAACAACAAUCACUUAAAGUAGCCUUUUUACUGGAGUCAAACCAUAACACUUACCUUUCUGAAUUCAAAGGGGUCAAAGGUCAAAAUCUAGACUAUUAAUAGUUUACAAAGGCAUCAUAAGACAGGCGAGUGUUCAGUUAAUUCUUUACAGUCUCUUCCACCAUUAAGGAGAAUGAGACACCACCACACUUUGAUGCUCACAUGUCAGUUGGACCACUUUAACAACACAUAAGGAAGGGUUACAACCAAGCAUGUUCACACAUUUUGCUCAUACGGACCAGAACUAUUGACUGCCAAAAAACUUGAACAGUGAGGAUCAUACAUUUUGUGUAUAAAGUCUUAAUCUGCAAAGUAACUACAACUCAUUUACAUGUAAUGGAGGAAAAAGCACAACAUUUUUCUCUGAAAUGUAGUGACGUAGAAGUGUAAAGUAGCGUGAAAUGAAAAUACUCAAAUAAAGUACAAGUACCUCAUAGUUGUACACGAGUGCAGUGCUGGAGUAAAUAUGUUAGACCUACUGUCCACCACUGGUGUAAAAACAAUGAAUAUGGAGAACUACACUCGUAAACAAACACACAAAUCCAAGCAGAGCAUUACAGAUGUAAUCUGUGAUCUGUCUGAUGUAGAAAAAAUGGUAAAAACAUCAUACAUUUCCCACACUGCUGUUUCUACUGUAUGACUGUCCCUUGUGGUAUUAAAACAAUGUAACCAGUAGGUAUGACAACAUCUAUCCCACUGCAAAACAAAACCAUUUGUCAUUUAUGAAAUGCUGAUCACUAUCAUAUAUGUGAUGACUAAUUUCUAAAGGAAAGUACUGUAACUGAGCAUCG